UUACUUACACUUGCAACCAAGAAAAUUAAAAAAAAAAAAAAGAGAGAGCAAAUAAAUCACAUCUUUUGUGGAAGUUUCGUUUUUUCUUUUUCUUUUCUCCGGUCAGAGUCAUGGCGAACUAUCGGUGGCCGACGAAGCUAUCAAAGUUAUCACUCAGAGCAAAACACGCGAACCUAUACAGAGUGAUUCUAGUCGCGAUCCUCUGCACCGCCUCUUACCUCUUCGGAGUAUGGCAACACUCCGGUAGAGGAAUCUCACACUCGUCCCUUUCAAACCACGAGCUUAAGUCCGUAUCCUGCACGUUUCCUCGUCAAGCCGCACCGGUUCUCAACUUCGCUGCCCGUCACACAGCCCCCGACCCUCCUCAGACGGAGUUGACGGAGCGUAUCACCCAAAUCCCGCCGUGCGGCGUCGAAUUCUCGGAGUACACGCCGUGCGAGUUCGUGAACCGGUCUUUGAGUUUCCCGAGAGAGAGGCUUAUAUACAGAGAGAGGCACUGUCCGGAAAAACACGAGAUGCUCCGUUGCCGGAUUCCAGCGCCGUACGGUUACACCGUGCCAUACCGGUGGCCGGAGAGCCGUGACGUGGCGUGGUUUGCUAACGUGCCGCACACGGAGCUAACGGUGGAGAAGAAGAAUCAGAACUGGGUGAGGUAUGAGAAGGAUAGGUUUUUAUUUCCUGGUGGUGGUACGAUGUUUCCACGUGGAGCUGAUGCUUACCUCGACGAGAUCGGACGGCUGAUAAAUCUCAAAGACGGAUCCAUUCGGACAGCCAUUGAUACUGGAUGUGGGGUAGCGAGCUUUGGGGCGUAUCUAAUGUCGAGGAACAUAGUAACGAUGUCGUUUGCACCGAGAGACACACACGAAGCUCAGGUUCAGUUCGCACUUGAGAGAGGAGUCCCUGCCAGUAUCGGAGUCUUAGCCUCUAUUAGGCUCCCAUUCCCGGCCAGAGCCUUCGACAUUGCCCAUUGCUCUCGUUGCCUCAUCCCUUGGGGCCAAUACAACGGGACGUAUCUGAUAGAGGUGGAUAGGGUACUGAGACCGGGCGGGUAUUGGAUUCUGUCGGGACCGCCGAUUAACUGGCAGAGACAUUGGAAGGGUUGGGAAAGAACUAGAGACGAUCUCAAGUCGGAGCAGUCUGAGAUCGAGAGGGUCGCUAGGAGCUUGUGUUGGAAAAAAUUGGUGCAGAGAGAGGAUCUUGCAGUAUGGCAGAAACCGACCAAUCAUAUUCACUGUAAGCGCAAUCGGAUAGCUCUAGGACGCCCUCCCUUCUGCCGCCGGACACUACCUGACCAGGCCUGGUACACUAAGCUUGAAACAUGUUUGACGCCGUUGCCGGAAGUAACAGGAUCUGAGAUCAAAGAAGAAGCAGGUGGGAAGUUGGCAAGAUGGCCUGAGAGAUUAAAUGCUGUUCCUCCGAGGAUCAAAAGUGGAAGCUUGGAAGGGAUCACUGAGGAUGACUUUGUCAGCAACACAGAGACAUGGCAGAGAAGAGUGUCUUACUACAAGCGCUUUGACCAGCAGCUCGCGGAGACGGGAAGAUACAGAAACUUACUUGACAUGAAUGCUCAUCUUGGGGGUUUCGCCUCAGCCUUAGUCGAUGAUCCUGUCUGGGUCAUGAACGUUGUCCCCAUGGAGGCCAGUGUCAACACCCUUGGAGUUAUCUAUGAGCGAGGGUUGAUCGGAACGUAUCAAAACUGGUGUGAAGCCAUGUCAACUUACCCAAGAACGUACGAUUUCAUCCAUGCCGAUUCAGUGUUCACUAUGUACAAAGACAGAUGUGAUAUGGAAGAUAUCUUGCUAGAAAUGGACAGGAUUCUAAGACCAAAGGGAAGCGUGGUCAUCAGAGACGACGUUGAUGUGCUAACCAAAGUGAAGAAGAUAACAGAUGCGAUGCAAUGGGAAGGGAGAAUAGGAGAUCAUGAGAACGGACCUCUUGAAAGGGAGAAGAUUUUGUUUCUUGUGAAGGAGUACUGGACCGCACCUGCGCCUGAUCAGUCUUCCAGCUUGGAAUAAUUCAUAAAAUAAGUAGCUCCAUUUUUUUUCUUCAAAUAUUUUGUACACACAAAUAGACUUUUGGCAAAUGAAGAAACAAACACCAGAUCAAUUGUUUCAAACCGGA